AAGUAUUUUCAUGUAUCCAUGCCGACUCGUUCUAUAGUUUUCAAAUUUUCAAAAAAGUGUUUUUAAUGUUUUGUAUCUAAAAUAAUUUUUCAAGAAACAACUAUAAACAAUACAUGUCUAUCUGAUACGGUAGAUUGAUUAAAAUAAAAAUAAUCAAAUUUAGGAAGGCAGGAUAAAGCAAGAACCUCGUGAAUUAUUGGAAUUUCCAAAAAAUCGUGCUUGGGCGUGAUCGUGACAAUAGCGCAAGUCAACGGAUUCAUAAUCGAGGUAUACUCUCCGAAUGUGAUAUGUCUACUAAGUUAUUCAUUCAAAAACAUCUCAAAAGACAUAUUGAUGUAAGGCAUGAAAAGAUAAAGCCUCAUGAAUGUGAUAAAUGCCAUAAAUCAUUCGGAUAUAAAAAUAGCCUCAAGAGGCAUAUUAGUGCAGUACAUGACAAGUUGAAGCCUCACAAAUGUGUUUUAUGUCCCAAAUCAUUCGGAGAUAGAAGCACCUUCCAAAGGCAUAUUAAAACGGUGCAUAAAAAUUUGAAGCCUUAUGAAUGUGUAAUAUGCCACAAAACAUUCGGGCGGAAACAUCAUCUCGAGUUGCAUACAAAUCAAGUUCAUAAAAAGUUGAAGCCUCACGAAUGUGGAGUAUGUCAAAAAACAUUUGGACAAAAAAAAAAUCUCGAAAAACAUGUCGAUGUGGUGCAUAAAAAGUUAAAGCCUUACGAAUGUGAAACAUGUCACAAAACAUUUACAUGUAAAUGGAGACUUGGAAUGCAUGAUAACGCGGUGCAUAAGAAGUUGAAACUUUAUGAAUGCACAAUGUGUCCCAAUGCAUUUGGCGAUAGUAGUACUCUCCGUAGACAUGUGAAAACAUUGCAUAAAAAGUUGAAGCCAUUUGAAUGCGACAUAUGUCACAAAACAUUCGGGCGGAAAUAUUUCGUCAAGUUACAUAUUAAUACAGUGCACAAAAAGUUAAUGUCAAAGAAGUGUAAAAUAAGUCUUCAAAUAUUCGGACGCAAAAAAGAUCUGGAGACACGUAUUAAUAAAGUGCAUAAAAAGAUAACGUCUUAUGAAUGUGAUAUUUGUAAAAAAACAUUCACAUUAAAACAUCACCUUGAAAAGCAUAUUAUUAAAAUUCAUGAAAAGUUACCCGAUCGAUGUGAGAUAUAUAACGAGUCAACUGAACAAAAAUAUGACCUCAAUAUGCAUGUUGAUACGGUACAUGAAAAUUCACCAUCUCUCUAUGUAACAAGUACCUGUGAAAAUUCUGCCGAAAGGCACGAAAGAUCUACAGGGAUUUUCCAGGCGUUACGCAACUUUUUUACAAAGGUCAUGAAUGUGAUUUGUGGCAGAAAAUAUUCAGACUAAAAACAAGACACAUGUUGAAGCACGUCUUAAAAGUCAUAUACAACGGAAAAUAUUUCAAGCCCCGUCGAUACAGUAAUUGUCAUAAAGUAAAAAAACUGCAAUCUAAAAAUAGGACGUGGGAAUACGUUUAAAAAUGUUUACUGAACUCUUUGUUGAAUUAAUCGUCGUGCGACUGUUUUUUCGAUAUUAUUUCACAUAAUUAUGAAUAUACCUACUACGCAUCGGCCGUAAAUGAAAUUGUUAAAAAAAUAAAUUAUGUGUAGGGCUCAUUUUUUAUAAAUAUUAUUUUUCAGUGUGCACGUCCGCCUAUUCUCUACGGUUGUAAAGACUAAUUAACUUUAUGAAAAUAAUGAAAUAAAAAAUAUUCCUUUUUCUUACA